CGUCGCCAGACAGCAAGCUCCCGCCGUCCCCAUUCACCACUACGCAAGGAAACGAGAAUAGAACUUCACCAUGUCAACCGAACCUACUGUCUCGAAGACCUUACCUGGUUUCAUCCUCUCCAUGGCUUGGAACUCGUACAUGCAAAAGCUUCAGUCCGACCCCCUGUUAACAAAGGCGGUCACUUCGGCUAUUCUGUCUGUUUUUAGCGAUGUGUUUGCGAAACGCAUGAAGCAGAUGCCCCUCCGUUCUAGUACCGCCAUGAAUGAACUCACAAUCGGUUUGGUUCUGCGAGGCCCACUUAUCCAUGCUUUUCAUAACUUCCUCGACAAGGUCAUCUUCAAGGGCCGGAACCAAUCCUCUGCUGCCGUCGUCAUCGGCAAACUCGCCAUUGACCAACUCCUCUUCGCUCCCAUAUUUACUUCUCUAUACUUCUACGUGCAGGGCUUGUUCGAGGACCGUGGAAUCGCUGUUACUACACAGAAGCUAAAGAAGGAGCUUCCUGGAAUCAUGCGUAGUAAUUGGUCUGUCUGGGUCCCUGCAAACUUUCUCAACUACCUGUUCAUCCCGCUCGAACUACGUGUCCUUUUCGGAAGUGUCAUCUCGUUUUUUUGGAAUGCCUACCUCAUUUCCCGUGCUUCAAGGCCUGCUAGGUGA